AUGUUAAAUCUUACUAUGGAUAAGGUUUUAUUGGUAAAAGGUUGGUCAUCACGAUCAGGUUGGGGUUUUCCAAAAGGCAAAAUAAAUAAAGAUGAACUUGAUUCAAUUUGUGCCGUUAGAGAGGUGUUUGAGGAGACUGGGUAUGAUAUCACACCAUUGAUUAAAGAAAAUGAUUUUGUUGAAGUAACAAUUCGUGGCCAAAGGAUCAGACUAUAUAUAGUGGCUGGUGUACUAGAAGGUGCUAAUUUUUGUCCACAGACACGUAAAGAAAUCAGUAAAAUAGAAUGGCAUAAUCUUUCAGAUUUACCCACUUGGACAAAAAAUCGUAAUAAAGAAUCACCUUAUAAUUGUGGUGGUGGUUGUGUUAAAUAUGGUAGCAGUAGAUAUUAUAUGGUUGUUCCAUUUGUUACUAAGAUAGGAAGGAAUAAGAAACCAUAUUGGUUAGAUGAUAACAAUUAUGCUAUAAAACCCUCGCACGAAUCAGCAAUCACUUGUUCUGAAAGUGAUGGCAUAGAAGAGGAUGAAGAGAACGAAAAUUUGGCUUUUAUUGAUGAUCAUGGUCAUCACAUAGAGGAUGAAAACUCAAUAUUUGAUCAUACCACAUUUAUUUAUCAUAAUAGCAAUAGCAACAAUGGCAACAGUAAUAAUUACAAAAAUAAUUCAUCCGAUAAUUUUGUUAAUAAUAAAAAAGGUAAAGCUAAGGCGGAUUUAAAUUAUACAAAAAAUACAAGACCAAACCAUGAUACUAGCACCAUUCAAGGCACUUCUGCUAAUAAUGCGCUCUAUGAAGAAAUAAGGGCACAAGAAAGACAAUUACUUGAAUGGAUAACAACUCAAAUAUAA